AGACUUUAAAAUUGGAACUGUUAACACGGUGGAGCUUGGCACGCUAUCCAAACAUACCACACGACAUAUCUGAAUGGUCAGUUGUUAUUUUUGAUACACUACGGGAGAGCUUAAGAGACUACAUGUCAUAUAUUCAGUUCUCGGCCAUAUCAAGGAAUGAUUACUACGAAAAGAUUUUACUUUACAAAGAACUUGUUCCCGAGACCAUCAAUGAUCGUACUCUGGCAUAUUACAUAUCGGAAGAAUGCAGUGGUACGGAAAAUCUAGCCAAGCGAUCAAAGGUCAUUCUGAAUGAUUCUUACAUUCUUAAUCAUACGUAUGCUUUAAAAAUACUUAAUUGGAUUGAGGGCAAAGAGACAAGGAGGGCAAGCUUGACAAGCUCGUCUAGUUUAAAAGGAUGGAGAUUUGGAAAGCAGCACACGUUCAGAUUGCUUUAUCGAGCAGGCCGAGAUGGGAAUUCACAUCAGUCGUACCAUGCCUUGUGCGAUAACAGGGGACCCAUCGUGAUAGUGGGACGUAUUGCCGAUACGCAUACUAUAGUAGGUGGAUACAAUCCCGUCGAUGCGUCGUCUCACGCUUCUCGUACCCGUGCCCUGGGAGACAAAUCGCCCCUACAAACCGUUGGAUUCAGCAGAAAGCCCUUUAUAUUCUCUUUCGGCGCCGGUGAUGAUCCUACUGAGGCAAUAGUGGGCAGGAUGAUGAUGGGCGAGACUUUAAACAAGAAGAUAGAAGAUCCAUGCUUUGGAUGCGAUGAUCUGAAAUUCGAGUUGAGUAGCAUGAAAGGCAUAUGUACGAGGAACGUUUACAACGAAAACAUUGUGAAAGAAAAUGAAUUUGUGAUGGAUGAAUGUGAGGUGUUUCAGGUUAUCAGUGGAUGA